CAAAUAUGAAAUGUAUAAAACACAAUAAAUAUAAAAUACGAUAUUAAUUAAUAACCCUGUUACUACAACAUUUUCUGUCACAGACUAGUUUUAUUUUUACGUCAACAAAGCCUUUUCAGUCAACGCUUUUAUUGUGAAACGCUUGUCCCGGAAGUGUUGUUCUUGUGUGGCAGCAGAGUGGAGCACAGCUGUUUUGGGCCGAACAGCCUGGUGUCAGACCUCAAAUGUCACGUUAUUUUUCAUUGUAUAUUGGCAGCUAACAGCUUGACGCUUCCUCCUCGUCUCCAGCGUCUCCAGCCUCGUCUUUCAGCGGCUUGCUUUGAUCGUUUUCCGGCCGGUGUCUCGUACCGUUAGUGUGUUUCGCGGUAGGAUGGUUUUGUCAACAUCACAACAAGUCGCCCUGGCUUUCACGGCCGUGCUCUUCACGUUUGUCGUCCUGCCGAGGUUGUUUGGCGUAGGCAUCGGGACCGGAGCGAAGGAAACCAGAUUUGACCCUCGGUACACCAGAAAAGGUCCAGGCCCGGGCGCAGUCAGAGGCCAGCCCAUCAGCGUGAACGCCCCCGGCUCCUCUCAGACCCCUGAGAACAUGCAACAGAUGAAGAAGCUGAUGGAGCAAGAGCUGAAGAAUGACAAGUACAAAUCCAACAGCAACAAGGGCUACGUGUUCACACUGAUGCCACUCUACGCCAUCGGGGUGGGAGUGUUCGCUGCCUACAAGUUUUUGAAGAUCAAGUCUGCAGACGACCAGGCACAAAGGGACAAAUUUGCAAAAGGGGCCAAAAAAUCAGUGGAGGCAGAAAACCAGUUGAAUGAGCUGGAACAAAGACUCGCACAGACAGAGAGGAUGCUCAACUCCAUCCUCACCCAGCUGGACCCGCUCACUAACUGUGUGAAGUCAGUGGCCCAGGACCAGAAGAAUGAGAUUAUGUCUCAGCUACAAACCAUCCGGUACCUGAUGAAGAAGAGAGGGAUGGACUGCCCCCCCCUGAACAUCAACGAGGCGUCCUGCGAACGUAAUCUGGACCACCUCAUCGAGUCCCUCGGGGUCAGCGACUCCUCGGCAGCUGAAGCUUCUCCGGUGGAAGGGCAGAGCCGCGGAGCGGCAGAGGCCUCUGAUAAAGUCUAUGAGAAGCAUUCAGAAGCUAAAGAUGAGGCUGCGACAGAAGGUGAAGAGAUGAAGGAACUCAUACCAGAGGAGUCUGACGGGGAGGUGGAGAAAGAAGGAGAUGUGCUGGAGGAGGAAGAGGAGGAGGAUAGAGCAGAAGAGGAGGAAGAACAAGUGGAGGACUGUGAGCUCAUGCCUUCACUAGAGGACUCUCAUGAGCCAAACACUGAGGAGGUGUUGCCUGUGUCCGGCCUCAGGCGACGCAACAGGCCUGAAUGACCGUACUGCAGGACUUCUGCUCUGUAUAGAAAAGUGAUAGAUUAUUCUGAAUAUUUAUUAUCUGAAAGGCUUUCCCUCCAUGCUGUGUACUUAUUCACCAGAGAAUAAGAGUGUGUGUCCAUAUAGUGUUUUCCUCUGGCAGAGAAGUGCUGGCAGCGAGCUGGGGAGCACCUCAUCACAGAAACACUGUAUGUGUGUUUUGUUUCUAUGACAACAAUAUCUUGACGACAUAUCACCACUGCUGUUGUAUGAUAGACGAGCAUCGCCACUUUGCUUUUCGGUACUAUUAGUUUGACAUUGUUUUUUUCACCAUGAGCACCAACCGGAGGAUCGUUGCGCUCGUAGCUUGUGUGGAUGAGCUCGUGGCCGCUCAGUGUGAGGAGGAUGCUGGUGCAUGACACGACCCGGUGGAGACAACAACGCGGUGAUUAUCAUCGUCUCGUCCACGCCUGUUUUAGGCAUAACAUUUUGUUCUGAUAGUUUCUGUCUGACAUAUGAUACAGUCAGAACAAGCUUCUCCUACAUUUUCUUGGUGACUUCCACGGUGAUGAGUCCCGCCCCAUCUCAUUGGUUGCCUGAAAAGGAGCUACAGUGAUGACACCAGGUCGGAGAUCUUCAACUUGAAGCGCUCGGAGGAGCCGCACGAAGAAGGACGAGCGCUCUGAGAAGGUGGCAGCAUGCAGCAGAGGAUGCGCUCUCUCCUCACUGGGAACAACUGAAAAGAAAAGAAAAAAAAACACUAUAUGGACACUCGCCCUGAUGCAUUAAUAAGCAACAAUAACUUCAUAAGGAAAUGCGUCUAAUUAAACACACAGGGCUGUAUUUUCCUGUUUCCAGUCACAAAGAUCAGCACAAACUGUAGAUCAUGUACACGAGGUCAUAUAUGAGCAGAGAGCAGAAGGGCUGGUUGAAAUGGAUUGGGUGGUUGGUCAUCAUGUCUCCUUCCUAUUUAACAGUUCUGCUAAUCACAGUUUGAAGUUGAAUUUUUCAUUUGUAGUGACUUACAGGAAAAUAAUGUGGUGCAGUCCACAAAGUAACUUGAUUUGUAGCAGUGAUGGAUGACGGAUAUUAGGAAAAAUCACCCAUUAAUCUACAACCAUUAAUGUCAAUAAUCUAGCCAUGCUCAGUACACACUGUGUCCAUGACAUUCCUGCUGCAGUUGCAUUAAGGUUGUAUUUUUUAAAUGCUGUAACUCAGGUUUACAAACUGUGCAGCUCGGGUCCACAGGGGUGAAGCGGAGGAGUUGAAGGGGAGGUGACAGAGACAGAGGCAAAGAUACUGUGUGAAAUGAAAGGGACUGGUGCAUGCUGGACUUCUGAAAACAACAGGAAGUUAGUUGUUAGCUGACUUCUGAUUGGGCCUGCUUAUCAUCACAGUCAGCAAUGGCUGCUACACACUCAUGGAGAGGAUUAAAAAACAGUGCCUGAGCAGCUGUUUACUGCAAUUUGAAACUGGAAAUCUAAACACACACGAUGCACAUUUUUAGAUAUAGUGUGAGGUAAGCUUCCUGAGAAUAUCGUUUGCAAUGUCCAUCAUUCAUCACUAAUAAACAUCCAUAAAUAUACUUAGAAAUCAGAGUGAAGACUCUCCUUGUAACUACAGCACUGGCCCGGGUAUGAUCAUGUUAAAGUUUCCUCAGUGUCAGGUUAAUCCAGUGAUAAUUGUCUGUACAUCCAUGAGUACACUGCAAACAGAAAAUACAGGCUGAAAACUGACUCCACUGCGACAUACUUCCUGUUUACAUUCCCCCGAAAUAUGGGAACUAUAGUUCCAAAACGACACAAGAGCAUGAUUAUCCCCCAUAUUGAAGUAAGAUGGAGAAUAAUAAUAAUAAGAGAAAUAAAAUUUGUUAGAAUUAAUGUUUCUCAUGUUGGUCAGAUGGGGUGGUGUGUUUUUUGGGGGUGCAGCUGUCUCAGUCUGUCCCAGUUGCCUACAGAGACGUCUGUAAAAGAUCACUCUUUGAAACGUGCGCAUGUUUAAUGUGCACGCAUUCUUACCACACAGUCUGAUUUUCGAAAUCCCAGUUCAUGUGAGGGAAACACAUCGGUCCCCGGGUCCUCAGACAUAUAAUCUUUUUGUUUUUUGCCUUAUCUGCAUGGGACUCCUGCUGCUCCUCUCACUUUAGCACUGGGCACCAAAAUACAGACGAGACAUGCAAACCACAGGGUAUCUUCAGUCUUUGUGCUGACAGGAGAAUAGAGCCCUGAUGUCCUGUACUUUCAUGUUGUCAGUCAUUUUGUAACACUAGUUAUCACCUUUUUAAACUUCCCUGAUUUUGGAAUGAAACUACUUUAUGUACAGUUUUGGUUACAAACACUGUCACUGUCAUGAGUUUAGGUUUGCACCUGUUAGAAAAUGCCAAACAUUUAAUGCAUAUAUAAUCCAAUGGAAUCUGUUACUACUAGUUUGCCUUUACUGUUCCUUUCUCAUGGUCAGACACAGAUGCAAUUCCUAACAUGGCUGCAUUCCAUCCAGGUCCAGAUGUUGAUGUGAAUGCAUGAUCACUGACAUGUCUUACUGAAACAAAACAUUAUUAAUGUUUGUUUCCUGCUAUAACAAGUGAAAUGUCUGCUGUGAGAAAGGUCUGUUGACAUCAUGAUUUCACCAUGAUAAAUGCCACAUACACUUUCCUGUCUUGUUAGUCUACAGGAAAUGUGCUGUCAUUGUUGCAUCUUCACCCUGCACCGUCCUGUGCUCUCACCCUCAGGUUGCUAUGGGAAUAACAGCAAUCCAACUAGUGUCAAUCAAAUUCACGACAAAAUGCAUAAAAGUUUUACCAUAAAAAUGUUGAUUAUCUUUUUUAUUUUUAAUAUAUACUCAAUUCUUUUUUUUCUUUUUUUUAUCAUAAAGGGAUUGACAUUAAUGCUGCUGGAUGUGAUGAACCUACUUAGACUGUAGGAUAUUAUAACAUACAUUUUAGAAGUGUGGCAUGUUGUUGAUACAUCAAAUCAUAUUUGUGCAUUUUUUUUUCUGUAACUCUUUUGCCUGCACAAUGUGUGACUGCAUGAUGACUCAUUUAUUCAUUCACACGGAGAAUGACAAUCAUCUGAUCAGCCAGAAACGUGAAUUCACAGUCAGGAUUUACUACAGCUUCAAUGUUACAUUGGUUUUGUUAAUAAGAAUUCUUUUGGAUGUGUUUGUUUGUUUGUUAGAUAUUUAUUGGAUACCACUACCAUAGAACCGAAUCAGUCGUCACUUUUGCCUUAUAUUUCUAUCUUUCUUUUGAAAAUGUGAUUUAAAAUCCAUGUGGGAAGUUACUGUGGUGAGGCUUUAAGGUUGUUCACUACUAUCAGGGUGUGUCUCAAAAUUUCCAAAUGUAAUUAACAAAUUUAGGUCGUUGUAAUAUGUGCUAAGAUCAGUUAACACCCAACAGUACAUUCAUGACUGUUAAUACAGAUAAAAUAGCACCAGAGUAACAUUAUUCAUUAAUCAUACGUUCCUGUCUGUUACAGAUUAACAAAGCACAAUUGCGAAUAAUUCAUCAUUUCAACUUUGCAGUAUAUGAUAGUAGCCCAAAUGCUUAUGUAGUAAAAUGUGGUAAAAAUCACAAUUAAAUAGUUGUAGUUAUCAUUUUUGACAAAAUUAGAUUUCCCUGUAUUGUAGACUUUAGUGUAUAAUAAUAUACUACCCAGUCUUAUCAUUGUGCGGCCCACAAAUCAUUGCCUUAUUUGGGAUGAAAUAUUUGAUCUGGUACACUGCAGAGGAUGUUUUCCUCUGCCUCAUAUUUUCACUGUCUUCACCUGACACUAAGUUUUACACAUUGAAAUUAUAGCCAAUGUAUCCAUACCACAAACCUUUGCCUUAAAUUAUUUUGGAAAUGUUUUUGUUAGAUUUCUUUCCCUUUAAGCGUAGUUAGCUUUCUGUGUUCAAUGUUGUAUGUUUCAUGUGCGAGUUGA